AUGCUUGCUUUCCCGACGAUCUUUUGCCUCGCCUUCGACGCCGUGUUCGUUCUCGCAGUGACGGCUGAAAUUUGGACGAAAAAUAUAUGAACUGUGAUUAUUGUUGAGUAUUCCGUAAAUGUGCGGGUUAUGUUCCAAUGCUUUGAUAAUCCCAUUGGAAACUGUUCAUAAAGUGUUUGUGCCGUGAGUUUGGAUUGAGUACAGUUGUUGAGUGAGUGCAUCUUGUGAUUUUGUGUGUGCCGACGAAUUUAUGUGUGCGACUGUGUGAGAAGAACAUUACUGGGCUUUUAAGAAGGUUGAGAGUGGCGUGGUGACCGGGUCGCGAUGACGACCGACAUAACGGUGUCCCGAUGGGACCCGUCCAUCGGCCACGGGCAAGAGAUCAUCGACGAGUACGAGUAUGACGGCGGCAACUCGUCCUCGAGGCUAUUCGAACGAUCGCGUAUUAAGGCGCUAGCUGACGAACGAGAGAGCGUACAGAAGAAGACUUUCCAAAAAUGGGUGAACUCCCACCUGGUGCGCGUGGGCAACCGCAUCGGCGACCUCUACGUCGACAUGCGGGACGGGAAGAUGCUCAUCAAACUGCUGGAGGUGCUCUCUGGAGAGAGACUGCCUCGUCCGACGAAAGGCAAGAUGCGAAUCCACUGCCUUGAAAAUGUUGACAAAGCGCUGCAGUUCCUCCGCGAGCAGCGCGUGCAUCUCGAGAACAUGGGCUCCCACGACAUAGUCGACGGGAACCCGAGGCUCAGCCUGGGCCUCAUCUGGACCAUCAUCCUGCGGUUCCAGAUCCAAGACAUCACAAUCGAAGAAACCGACAACAAAGAAACCAAGUCAGCCAAGGACGCUCUCCUGCUAUGGUGUCAAAUGAAGACCGCUGGCUACAACAAUGUGAAUGUUCGCAACUUUACCACCUCCUGGCGAGAUGGGUUGGCGUUCAACGCCAUCAUUCACAAGCAUAGACCGGACCUGAUACAGUUUGAGAAGCUGCACAGAAGCAACCCGAUCCAUAAUUUGAACAAUGCGUUCAAUGUUGCCGAGGAUAAGCUUGGGCUGACCAAACUGUUGGACGCCGAAGACAUCGCCGUCGACCAUCCCGAUGAGAAGUCCAUCAUCACAUACGUAGUGACAUACUACCACUACUUCAGCAAGCUGAAGCAGGAGACGGUGCAGGGCAAGAGGAUCGGCAAGGUCGUCGGCAUCGCCAUGGAGAACGACAAGAUGAUGCAGGAGUACGAGACCCUCACCAGUGACCUCCUGCAAUGGAUCGAGCGCACGAUCGAAGCUCUGGGCGACCGAACGUUCGCGAACUCGCUCGAGGGUGUUCGUCAGCAACUCAUCCAGUUCGCCAACUAUCGCACGGUCGAGAAACCACCCAAGUUCGUCGAGAAAGGCAACUUGGAGGUGCUCCUAUUCACGCUACAGUCGCGCAUGCGUGCCGCCAACCAGAAGCCAUACACACCCAAAGAGGGAAAGAUGAUCCACGACAUCAACCGCGCAUGGGAGCGACUCGAGAAAUCCGAGCACGAGCGAGAGCUCGCGCUUAGAGAGGAACUCAUUAGGCAGGAGAAGCUUGAACAGUUGGCUGCUAGAUUCAACCGCAAAGCCCAGAUGCGUGAAACCUGGCUCUCAGAGAAUCAGCGUCUCGUCAGCCAGGACAACUUCGGCUUCGACCUGGCAGCUGUCGAAGCGGCGGCUAAAAAACAUGAGGCCAUCGAGACCGAUAUCUUCGCUUACGAAGAACGAGUGCAGGCGGUUGUUGCUGUGUGCUCCGAAUUGCAGGCGGAAAGGUACCACGACAUGGAGCGCGUGCAGGCGCGGCGCGACAACGUGCUGCGGCUGUGGGCCUACCUGCUCGAGCUGCUGCGCGCGCGCCGCGCACGCCUCGAGCUGUCCCUCCAGCUGCAGCAGAACUUCCAGGAAAUGCUAUACAUUCUAGACUCCAUGGAAGAAAUCAAGCUGCGUCUCCUCACCGACGACUACGGCAAACAUCUCAUGGGCGUCGAAGAUUUGCUGCAGAAGCACGCCCUUGUCGAAGCCGAUAUCAACGUUCUUGGCGAACGCGUCAAGGUGGUCGUGGGCCAGUCCCAGCGCUUCCUCGAGCAGGAGGAAGGCGGAUAUCGGCCGUGCGACCCCGCCAUCACCGUGGAGCGCAUCCAGCAGCUGGAGAACGCCUACGCCGAGCUCGUCCAUCUCGCCGUCGAGCGCAGAAAGCGCCUGGAGGACAGCCGCAAGCUGUGGCAGUUCUACUGGGACAUGGCCGACGAGGAGAACUGGAUCAAGGAGAAGGAGCAGAUCGUGUCCGUGGACGACAUCGGCCACGAUCUCACUACUGUGUACCUGCUGAUCUCCAAGCACAAGGCGUUGGAAGCGGACAUCCAGGCUCACGAGCCUCAACUGAUGAGCGUGGCCGGCGUCGGAGACGAGCUCGUCUCUCAGGGACACUUCGGUGCCGACAGGAUCCAGGAGCGUCUCCGCGACAUCCUGUCUCAAUGGAACCAUCUAUUGGACGUAGCUUCUCUCCGCAAGAAUCGCCUUGACGCGGCCGUCCGCUACCACCAACUGUUCGCCGACGCUGACGACAUCGACAACUGGAUGUUGGAUACUUUGCGCCUGGUGUCGUCCGAAGACACGGGCGUGGACGAGGCGCAGGUGCAGAGCCUCCUGAAGAAACACAAGGACGUCACCGACGAGCUCAAGAACUAUGCCAACGUCAUCCAGCAGCUGAAGCAACAGGCCUCGGAGCUGAGCCCCGAAGACGCCAGCAGCGCGGAGGUGCGCGAGCGCCUCGCCGCUAUCGACUCCCGCCACGGCGAGCUGGCCGAGCUGGCGCGCCUGCGCAAGCAACGCCUGCUCGACGCACUCUCGCUCUUCAAGCUACUUGCUGAAGCUGACGCGGCCGACCAAUGGAUCGCAGAGAAGGAUCGCAUGUUGGAUACUAUGCUGCCGCCCAAGGAUAUUGAUGAUGUCGAGAUCAUGAAGCAUAGAUACGACGGCUUCGACAAGGAGAUGAACGCGAACGCGUCGCGCGUGGCCGUGGUGAACCAGCUGGCGCGGCAGCUCAUCCACGUGGAGCACCCGCAGGCGCCGCGCAUACAGGAGCGCCAGGCCCGGCUCAACGCCGCCUGGAGCCAGCUCCGGGACAAGGCCGAGGGCAAGAAAGACGAGCUCAAGUCUGCCCAAGGAGUGCAGACGUUCCACAUCGAGUGCCGCGAGACCGUGUCCUGGAUCGAGGACAAGAAGCGCAUCCUGCAGCAGACCGACAACCUGGAGAUGGAUCUCAACGGUGUGAUGACCCUGCAGCGUCGUCUGUCCGGCAUGGAGCGCGACCUGGCCGCCAUCCAGGCGCGCAUCUCCUCACUGGAGGGCGAGGCCAACGCCAUCGAGGAGGAGCACCCCGAGGAGGCCGCGCUCAUCCGCGAGCGCGUCACCGUCAUCACCGACAACUGGGACCAGCUCACGCAGAUGUUGAAAGAGCGCGACUCGAAGCUGGAAGAGGCCGGAGACCUCCACCGGUUCCUACGCUCCGUGGACCACUUCCAAGCCUGGCUCACCAAAACGCAGACCGACGUCGCUUCGGAAGAUACGCCGUCGAGCUUGGCGGAAGCGGAGAAACUGCUGUCGCAGCACCAGACCAUCAAGGAGGAGAUCGACAACUACAAGGACGAGUACGCCAAGAUGAUGGAGUACGGAGAGAAGAUCACCGCCGAGCCGUCGACACAGGACGACCCGCAGUACAUGUUCCUGCGCGAGCGUCUGAAGGCGCUCCGCGAGGGCUGGGCCGAGCUGCAGCAGAUGUGGGAGAACCGGCAGCAGCUGCUCACGCAGAGCCUCGAGCUGCAGUUGCUGCAGCGCGACGCCAGGCAGGCUGAGGUGCUGCUCACACACCAGGAGCUCAAGUUGGCAAAGACCGAGCCUCCCACCAACCUGGAGCAAGCGGAGAACAUGAUCAAGGAGCACGAGGCGUUCCUCACGACCAUGGAGGCCAACGACGACAAGAUCAACUCCGUCGUGCAGUUCGCCAACCGGCUCGUCGAGGAGAAGCACUUCGACGCCGACAAGAUCCAGCGCAAGGCCGACAGCAUCGAGCAGCGCCGCGCCGCCAACCGCGACAAGGCCCUCCAGCAGAUGGAGAAACUCCAGGACCAGCUCCAGCUCCACCAGUUCCUCCAGGACUGCGACGAGCUCGGCGAGUGGGUCCAGGAGAAGAACGUCACCGCCCAAGACGACACCUACCGCUCCGCCAAAACCAUCCACUCCAAAUGGACUCGCCAUCAAGCCUUCGAGGCAGAAAUCGGCGCGAACAAGGAACGCCUCUUCGCCGUUCAGAACGCCGCCGAGGAUCUCAUGAAGCAGAAACCAGAAUUCGCCGAAAUCAUCUCCCCCAAGAUGAGCGAACUCCAGGACCAAUUCGAGAACCUCCAAACCACCACCAAGGACAAGGGCGAGCGCCUCUUCGACGCCAACCGCGAGGUCCUCAUCCACCAGACCUGCGACGACAUCGACUCCUGGAUGAACGAGCUCGAGAAGCAAAUCGAGAACACCGACACCGGCUCUGAUCUGGCAUCUGUGAAUAUUCUCAUGCAGAAGCAACAGAUGAUCGAGACUCAGAUGGCCGUGAAGGCCAAGCAGGUCACCGAGCUGGAGACCCAGGCUGAAUACCUUCAAAAGACCGUUCCAGACAAGAUGGACGAGAUCAAGGAGAAGAAGAAGUUAGUCGAGCACCGUUUCGAGCAGCUAAAAGCUCCUUUGCUGGACCGCCAGCGUCAGUUAGCCAAGAAGAAGGAAGCAUUCCAGUUCCGUCGCGACGUGGAAGACGAGAAUCUGUGGGUGCUCGAGAAGAUGCCCCUAGCCACCAGCACGGACUACGGCAACUCGCUGUUCAACGUGCAGAUGCUCCAGAAGAAGAACCAGUCGCUGAAGACGGAGACGGAGAACCACGAGCCGCGCAUUCUGACCGUUAUCGCGAACGGUCAGAAACUCAUCGACGAGGGGCACGAGGCUUCGCCUGAGUUUAAAUCUCUCAUUGAAGAACUUACUGCGAGAUGGCGAGAACUUAAAGAUGCCAUCGAACAACGCAAGAACAACCUCGCCCAAUGGGAGAAGGCGCAGCAGUAUCUCUUCGACGCCAACGAGGCAGAAGCGUGGAUGAGCGAGCAGGAACUCUACAUGAUGGUCGAGGACCGCGGCAAGGAUGAGAUCAGCGCGCAGAACCUGAUGAAGAAGCACGAGAUCCUCGAGCAGUCUGUGGACGAUUACGCUCAGACCAUCCGGCAGCUAGGAGAAACCGUCAGACAGCUAACUAGCGAGGAACAUCCUUUGAGCGAACAAAUCUCCGUCAAGCAGUCCCAGGUGGACAAACUGUACGCCGGGCUGAAGGACCUAGCCGGCGAGCGGCGCGCCAAGCUCGACGAGGCGCUGCGCCUGUUCCAGCUGUCGCGCGAGGUCGACGACCUCGAGCAGUGGAUCACCGAGCGCGAGCUCGUCGCCAGCUCGCAGGAGCUCGGCCAGGACUACGACCACGUCACCCUGCUAUGGGAGCGCUUCAAGGAGUUCGCGCGCGAAACACAAGCCGUGGGCUCGGAGCGAGUGGCCACGGCCGAGCGCAUCGCCGACCAGAUGAUCGGCAUGGGCCACUCCGACAACGCCACCAUCGCGCAGUGGAAGGAGGGGCUCAAGGAGACCUGGCAGGACCUGCUCGAGCUCAUCGAGACGCGCACUCAGAUGCUGAUGGCGUCCCGCGAGCUCCACAAAUACUUCCACGACUGCAAGGACACCCUCCAGCGAGUGAGCGAGAAGGCGCGAGGCGUGAGCGACGAGCUCGGCCGCGACGCGCUCAGCGUGGGAGCACUCCAGCGCAAGCACCACACCUUCAUGCAGGACCUUACUACGUUGCAACACCAGGUGGAAGCCAUCAGCGCCGAAUGCGCCCGCCUCGGCGCCUCCUACGCCGGCGACAAAGCUGCCGAGAUCACCCGACGCGAGGCGGAGGUUGCCGAAGCCUGGGCCGCGUUGCAAGCCGCCUGCGCCGCGAGGAAAUCCAAGCUGGAAGAUGCCGACGACCUGUACCGAUUCCUCAACCAAGUCAGGAACCUCACCUUGUGGAUGGACGAUGUUGUCCGACAGAUGAACACUGGCGAGAAACCGAGGGACGUGAGCGGCGUAGAGCUCCUCAUGAACAACCACCAGUCCCUGAAGGCGGAGAUCGACACGCGCGAGGACAACUUCGGCGCUUGCAUCUCGCUCGGCAAGGAGCUGCUCUCGCGGCAGCACUACGCCGCCGCCGACAUCAAGGACAAGCUGCUCCAGCUGACCAACCAGCGCAACGCGCUGCUGCGCCGCUGGGAGGAGCGCUGGGAGAACCUGCAGCUCAUUCUGGAAGUGUACCAGUUCGCGCGCGACGCAGCCGUCGCUGAGGCGUGGCUCAUCGCCCAAGAGCCGUACCUCAUGUCCCAAGAGCUGGGUCACACCAUCGACGAGGUGGAGAGCCUCAUCAAGAAACACGAGGCGUUUGAGAAGUCGGCAGCCGCGCAGGAGGACAGGUUCAGCGCGCUGCAGAGACUCACCACGUUCGAGGUGAAAGAGAUGAAGCGCCGCCAAGAGCUGGCCGAGGCGGCGGAGCGCGAGCGGCGCGAACGCGAGCAGGCCGAGGCCGCCGCCGCCGCCGCGCGCGACGCCGUCGACCGCGCCGCCGACCCCGAGCCGCCGCAAGAGCGCGCCGCCGCGCCGGCCUCGCCCGCGCCGCCCGCGGGCCUCGCGCCGGCGCCCGCGCCCGCCGCACAGACCCCGCAGAAACAGACCCCCGCUAAACCCGCACGCUCCUCCACGGCGGGAUCGAGCUCUAGCCCGGCCACGCCCUCGAGCUCGGGUAAGGUGAAGUCGCGCUCGCGCAGCAAGUCCCCGUUCCGGAGCUUCCGCUGGAAGACCGCCAAGAAACUGCUCGCUGGGACCCACCAUAGUGACGACGAAGAGGGCGCUAGUCCCGCGAGUGAGGAUGAAGGCGUAGAGGGUAUACUCGUCCGCAAGCACGAAUGGGAAUCCGCUGCCAAGCGCGCUUCUAACAGAUCGUGGGACAAAGUGUACGUGGUGGCCAAGGAGGGCCGCAUGUCGUUCUACAAGGACCAGAAGGCGUACAAAUCCGCGCCUGACCAAUGCUGGCGCGGCGAAGCGCCGCUUGACCUUAACGGAGCAGUUGUAGAGGUCGCAGCCAACUACACUAAGAAGAAGCACGUCUUCCGGCUCAGACUGGGCAUGGGCGCUGAGUUCCUGCUGCAGGCGCACGACGAGGCGGAGAUGUCGUGGUGGCUGGAGGCGCUGCGCGCGCGCACGGCCGCGCCGGCGUCCCGCUCGCACACGCUGCCCGCGCCCAACAAGGACGAGCCCAAGCGCCGCUCCUUCUUCACGCUCAAGAAGAAGUCAGUGUCCGCCCUUUCAUUCGUAUUCUCGCCGUAGCUUGCUCCGCAUGAGACGCGCAUGUUUGUAUCUAUUUAUUGGGGUAGGAGUGUGUCGGGAUACUUACUAACUUUUGUGUUAUACAUCACAAUUUACUGUCGGGUUUCAGUAACACGAAACACGUUUUCUUAAGCGCCGCUUCUUCACGCUCAAGAAGAAGUCAGUGUCCGCCCUUUCAUUCGUGUUCUCGCCGUAGCUUGCGACGCAUGAGACGCGCAUGUUUGUACCUAUUUAUUGGGGUAGGAGUGUGUCGGGAUAUUUACUAACUUUUGUGUUGUAAAUCACAAUUUACUGUCGGGAUUCAGUAUAACGAAACACAUUUUCUUAAGCGCCGCUUCUUCACGCUCAAGAAGAAGUCAGUGUCCGCCCUUUCAUUCAUAUUCUCGCCGUAGCUUGCUCCGCAUGACAAGCAUGUUUGUACCUAUUUAUUGGGGUAGGAGUGUGACGGGAUACUUACUAACUUUUGUCUUGCAAAUCACAAUUUACAACUGUUGGGAUUCAGUAACACGAAACACGUUUUCAUAAGCGCCGCUUCUUCACGCUCAAGAAGAACUAAACACCGAUGGAGCGGAAACGGCGAGCGUUUCCCGGACCCGAGCGCGCCUGAGUUCGCCUGGCCGUGCUCGAGUCCACCCGAGUGCGCCCGGGUUCGCCCGAGCGCGCUCGUAUUCGCCCGAGAGCGUCCGAAGCCGCACGUUUCUCACACGACGCUUGCUGCUGUAAGCUUUGCUGAUGACGAAAUAGUCACCGGCGGCAAUGUUAUUAAGUUUAAUAUUUCGUUGCGUACAAAACGUUAUUUAAGACUGUUCGGUGAUUGAGUGUUUGGAUCGUUUGCCUUCGUCUGUAUCGUAUUUAUUAUCGCUCGGUGCCGCGGUCGCCGACCGAGUGAAGAUCACUAGAUUUAUAUCCGAAACGACCCUCCCCGACUUGUAAUUGUUGUACUUGAAGACGACCAUAAAUUAUACAUAUUUAAUUGUGAAAUUCUAAAUGCGACGCUAUUUAUGGUGAAAUAAAUUUAGUGUUUAAAUUUCAGAUUGAGAAAUAUAUAAUUAUAUUGAUUAUUUAUACGAUAUAUGUAAAAUGGACAUAGUGGUAUGUAAAUUCGGUUGAACUAGAAAUGUAUGUCGUUCAGUAAUCCCCUACUAACUCAAACUGAGAUGUUCUAUUAGAAAUUAUAAUAUUGACCAAUCAAAUACCAUUCGACGGAAUUUGAAUAUCGCAUUUGAUAUGAAGUUAGCUAGAGAAUCGGAUCGUAAUCGCAUUUACAAUAUUCCCCCAGUGACCGGGCCCGUACGGGGUCGAUAGCACCCCGUACGACAGCCGUACCGUAAGCUACGUAAUUUUACUAGUAUAAAAUUUCCAAUAUAAAGUGUCUUCUACCGCGGUACUGCGUCGCUGCCGGUCAAUAAACGUAAUGCCGCAUUUUUCGGUACCUAAUAUUAUAUCAGAAAUUUCUUAUUAGAUUCUUCAUAAUUAAGAGGCAUUUAGUAGCUAGCUAGGUGUUAGGCUCGGCCCGGCAGCGCGCAGACCCGCCUCGAUCGGACCUGUAAGUAUGCUUGUUCGCUAAGUGCUUCUACGGACUACCGUGUCUUUAUAUAAAUUUAAUUUUAAUUAAUUUUACUGCCAGUCUCACAAAUCGUUAAUCGUAUCUGAAUCACCUUCCCUAGAUGUUACGAUCACACAUUUUUAGUUCAGUUUUGUCAUUGUAAUGUAUAGAGGUGUGGAUGGAUGCGGGAGCUACUGAGUGUGGUCGCCGCGUGCGCCGCCGGGGAGGCCGGCUCGCCACCGCCGCCUGCCGGGCCCACCCUGACCGUCUCUCCUGGAGACAGGACCGGCUCGAACAAGGAGCCCGCCACCCCGGCGGCGCCGCCAAACGAUACUGCCACAAUAUUACACACUAUUGCAUGAGUACCUAUGUUUACGUCAUUAUUUUAUUUUAAAUAUUUUACUUUUUUGAUGAAAAUAUAAUAAAUAAUGUUUUCAAAUAAAA